AUGCGUACUCGUUCACAACAAGCAUCGCCUGGUGGCUUCCUGUCACUUGAUGAUGACCGCGCCCCCCGCCGGACCAGGUCUGCAAGAAGCAACGCACAGCAGGAUACUGCAACAUCAACGCAACCUGCAGCCCGCGCGAAGCCUCAACGUACCACCAAAAAGACUGCUGCCACCACGAAGAAGACCACAGCUAAGGCUCAGACGCGGAAAACUACCACUACCAAACGCGCGACGCGCCAGUCAGCACGAAAGGCCGAUAAAACCACGUCUGAUGAAGAUUCCCACCCUACCCAUAACGAUGAAGAUAUAACCACGAGCAUAUCGACCGCCCAGAAGACAACUCCCGAGAAGAAACCCGAGACCAACGAGUCCGAAGUCAAGUCAAAGCCUACAUUAUCUGAAAACGACGACAACAAUAGUGAGUUUAAUCUAUGCGUUGUUCCCAUGUCCCCCGUACCCACGGACCCAUCUGCCCCCAAGGACCCCAAGGACCCCAACAACCACGACACCCUGGACUCCCAGGGAACCAGGGCUGCCUCGUGGCUGCAAGAUUUUAUCGACGCUCUGAGCGUCUGCUCGCCUCCUACAGAGAGGUCGAGGACGCCAUCUUUGGCGUCAGAGUCCGAGGCAGUCCUGGCACCGCGUACCGCGCAGGAGUCGGGCGCAACCCACAUCUCUGCCCCGACUCCUGCUGCGGAGGACCGCACCUUCGAGCAACCUGCGGAACCAACCGUGGUGGAGCCAAUGGAAGAAACUGUCUCAACAUCUUCCGAGCAGUCUAAUACUGCCUCAUUGGCUUCCGCUGCGGGCUCCGGAGGAGUGACAGUCGUGGAGGACGGGGAGGUAGGCGCGCUGAUUACAGCCCUCGCCGGAUUGUCUCUGGACGAUCUUGCGCCUCCCUCGUCCGAUGAAGCGACCGUCAAUCUGAUGGAGUCGACUACCGCGUCGAUUGGAGACCCUGUUGAGCCUUCCCACAUCGCUCCCCGAAGCGCCCCCGCUUCUCCCGCUUCUCGACAACAGUGGGUUCGGGAGUGGGCUCAACAGGUCCCUUCCACGGGCUACAUUCAUCCCAUCACGGGACAACUCGUGGGAGGGCCGUCGGCGUCGGUUGAGUUGGCGGGAGAGUCCGCUUCCAAUAGCGGCUCCCCGAACCGUCAGGAUGGGGUUCGGGACUACUACCUGCGGAAGCGGCAGCGUGAGGUUCAAGUUAUGUCCCCGCUGCAAGAAGAUCAAGAAUCGCAGAGUAGUCCCGGCCCCGGCUCAGGUGUCCCCAGCGUGAAGCUGACCGACAAACCAGGAACCAGAAAGCGCGCCCGCUCGGAAUCCAGCGACGAAGAAAACAACACACCGCAAACCCCUGCCGCCAACAAGCGGCGAAAUCUUGGAGUUCCCGGAAGCACACCAUAUAGACCCGCAUCUCGCCCCCGCGCCCUGACUGCGAACAUCACCCCGUACUCUGAGAGACGACGAAGACGCGCCGUCGAAAAGGAUGGCCGUAUCCACUCAACUGCUAUUCGCGUAUCUCAACUGCUCGCUCAGCAAGAGGCCGACCGGCGCCGCCAGGCAGCAGAGUCUUCUGCCCCUCUGAGCCCAUUCCCGGGGCUGCCGCAGACCGACUUCGAAUUUACAGUCGAUAAGGCCCAUAAUCUUAGUCAGAGCCAAGAGCAAGAACACAACUUACCGGGGCAGCCUUCUACACUCCAGCAACCGGUCACUCCGGAGCGCACUAGAGGUUGGAACAUCCGUGGCCUGCUUAACUCUGUGCCCCGCAGGUUUUCCAGAAUCAUACCCUCUUUUGGGAGGAGCCCCGAACGAACCCAAGAGUCCGUCCCUUUCCAACCGUCUUCUGAACGUGUGAAUCGAACGCAAACCCCCGAGUCCUACUCGGAUGUUUCUCAGAACCAAGCGCAACCUAACCGCGGUUCAAGCGAGGAGCCUCCCCAAAAGCGCGCUCGCAGGUCUUGGUCUCUCUUUCCGCAACCUUUCGACAGGUCCCUCUAUCUUGCAGAUCUUCCCAAAAAGGAAUCGACUACUCCGUCUUCUACUCUAGUAUCUCGGCCUGUUGAUAAGCCAUCAACGGAAGAAUCGAAGACUCAAGAGUCAAUCGCAUCAGAUGACAGCGAAGCAGAACAAUCAAAGGAAAAGAAGCGCAAGCGGUCUCCGUCGCCUGACGUGAUCCCUAACCCUCCCGGAUGCAGCUAUGGAUUGGACUUGGAUUAUUUCUGCUAUAGCUCUGAAAGCGAUGAGGAACAGGAACUUCCGCAGCCACGAACUGAACAAAAGAAGCCUGAUCAUUCGGCCAAGGCGGCAGUCCGCAGUGCCCUACGCUCUGAGCGGCCAUCAUCGAAGAAAGUCCGUUUCGAUGCAAGCCCAGAAAAUACGCCGUCCAAACUCAGACUACGUGCCCGUGCAACCGACCCUUAUCAUGGCAGGCACUUCAUUGGAAUGGGCAAUGACUCGGACGCCGCUGCUCCAGAUUCUCCUACCCCCGCUUCUCAUGUCUCUGACGAAUCUCCAACGCGUUCCGGCUUCGUUCCGAAUCGCCAGGGUACAUUCCAACUAGACUACGAUGCUUUCUCAGACGACUCGGAAUCGAGCGGAUCCCCUUCAGCAGCAAAUGUCCCUGCACCUAGUUCUGUACCUAGCUCACCGAAUGUCGCUCACGCUGGUGUUCCUGAAAGUGUGCAAUCCCCAGAUGUCCGCCUGACCCCGCGUCAAACGGCUGCGGCGCCAUCUACUCCAGCGAAGAUUGACGAAGAAGCACUUGCCAGAGCUCGCUCACAGGCUGAGAAAUACAAACCCAAGACUCCUAGUGGCCUUCGUACUGCAAGCCGAUACUCGAGUCCUUUGACUGCUACACCUGACACGGUAUCUGCAUCUGUGCCCGUGGCCACACCAACACCUGCAUCGGCGGAUGAGCCCGUACCCGAGCCUGAGCAGCCUCCUACUGAAGAUUUUGGAGACGAUGAAUUUGCUCGCGAGGCACAGUGGCUUUUUGAGAACUGCCCAUCCGGAGACCUUAGCGACCUAGUGUGGCCUCAGCCCGUAACUUAUGAAGAGCAAGGCUUUAGUCCCGAGGCGGUUAACCUUGUGAAUGAGAUGUGGGACCCCGCGAUGGUUGAUUAUGCUUAUGCCAACAUCUGGACACCUGGUCUGGAGGCAUUCAAGCGUGACUUGGAAUUAGGCGUGUCCGAGGCGACACAGGCAUAG